CGCCCGUGCCCAGCCAUGACCCUGCGGGCGGGGGGUGCUCGGCUGCUCGGCGGCCUCCUGCUCUUUGCUCUGCUCGCGGCCGGCGCCGCCCCGCUCGGCUGGGAUCUCCCGGAGCCCCGCAGCCGGGCCAGCAAGAUCCGAGUGCACCCGCGGGGCAACCUCUGGGCCACCGGUCACUUCAUGGGCAAGAAGAGCUUGGAGCCCCCCAGCCCAUCCCUACUGGGGACAGCUCCCCACACCUCCCUGAGGGACCAGACACCACAGCUGAGUCAUCAUCUGCUCAGGGUCCUCCUGCAAAAGCAAGCUCUGGGCAUGAGCCUCAGUGUCCCAGCACCUCACACCCAGGAGGCUGCUGGUGCAAACGCUGCAGAAGUGAUGCUAUUAAUCAGGAAGACACGACGACAUGGCUGA